AAGAAAACAACGAAGAAGAAGAAGACCGCAUGGGUUAAGCUAGAAAACUGCUGCAUUGUCCCAUUCCUGCUAAUAUUUCAGCAACCAUGUCUUCAGCUCAGCAUCUCAGAGAGUUUAUCAGAGAGAGACUAACUGCUGCUGCUCAAGAAAUCUUCACCGAGGUUGAAAAAACCAUCAUUUGCUACGAGGAAGAGCUCGAUGCUCAGCGCAGGAUGAUGGGGAUCAACUGGAAACCAGAAAUUAAGCUACACAGAGUCGGUUCGGAGCUGCAGAGACAAAGUUCUGACCUCCAACAGCCAAGUGUCUCCAAUGAGGAGGAAGCUCCUGGCAUCCAACAAGUCUGGAGCCUGGCAAUUCAGUCCAGUCAGGACCAGAAAGAAGCAGAAGAUCAGUGGACUGAAGAGGUACAGAUGGAACCAGAACCAAAAAGGAUUAAAAAAGAAGAAAACAAACCAGAACCUACACUGCUCAAUCAUGAGGAAAUAGAAUAUCCACUAAUAUACGUAAGAAAGGAGGAGCUAGAUUCUUCAGGGCUUCAACUUGAACAGCAACCACCAGAACAUUUACCAACUGGACAGGACCAGAAGGACCUCUGCAGCAGUCAGGAGGGAGAGCAGCUUGUCCAGAAGGAAGCUGAGCCCAGAAUGAUGGGGAUCAACUGGAAACCACAAAUAAAGCUGCACAGAAUUGGAUCGGAGCUGCAGAGACAAAGUUCUGACCUCCAACAGCCAAGUGUCUCCAAUGAGGAAGAAGCUUUUGCCAUCCAACAAGUCUGUAGCCUGGCAAAUGGGUCCAGUCAGGACCAGAAAGAAGCAGAACAUCAGUGGACUGAAGAGGAACAGAUGGAACCAGAACCAAAAUGGAUUAAAGAAGAAGGGAAGGAACCAGAACCUGCACUGCUCAAUCAUGAGCAAAUAGAAUAUCCACUAAAAUACGUAAGAAAAGAGGAGCUAGAUUCUUCCGUGCUUCAACAUGAACAGCAGCCACCAGAACAUGUACCAACUGGACUGGACCAGAAGAACCUCUGCAGCAAUCAGGAGAGAGAGCAGCUUGUCCAGAAACAGUUUGCUGCUUUGAUUCAGACUUCUACUCUUCAGGAAGAUACAAGUGAAGAAGAGAGAACAGAGCAGCUUUCCCUUCAAAACUCUCCAGUGAUUGAGAGCAAAAAUCAGGAAGGAAGCAGCUCCUCUGACUCAGAGAGUCAGGCUGGUACCAGUACAAAGAAAAGAUCUUUUAAAUGUGAUGUUUGUGGAAUAUGUUACACACGACAGUGGAUGUUGAAAAAACAUUACAGAACUCACACUGGUGAGAAUAUUUCAUGUGAAACAUGCGGAAAAGGUUUCUCACAAAUUUGUGAUUUAAAAGUCCACAAGAAAAUUCAUACAGGUGAGAAGCCUUUUUCAUGUCAGUCUUGCGGAAAAACCUUCUCUCACAUUCACAAUUUAUAUCGCCACAGGAGUAUUUAUGCAGACCUCCAACAGCCAAGUGUCUCCAAUGAGGAGGAAGCUUCUGCCAUUAAACGAGUCUGGAGCCUGGCAAGUAGGUCCAGUCAGGACCAGAAAGAAGCAGAACAUCAGUGGACUGAAGAGGUACAGAUGGAACCAGAACCAAAAAGGAUUAAAAAAGAAGAAAACAAACCAGAACCUACACUGCUCAAACAUGAGGAAAUAGAAUAUCGACUAAUAUACGUAAGAAAGGAGGAGCUAGAUUCUUCAGUGCUUCAACAUGAACAGCAGCCACCAGAACAUUUACCAACUGGACAGGACCAGAAGAACCUCUGCAGCAGUCAGGAGGGAGAGCAGCUUGUCCAGAAGCAGUUUGCUGCUUUGAUUGAGACUUCUACUCUUCAGGAAGAUGAUAUGAAUGAAGAAGAGAGAAGAGCAGAGCAGCUUUCCCUUCAUAUCUCUCCAGUGGUUGAGAGAAAAGAUCAGGAAGGAAGCAGCUCCUCUGUGUCAGAGAGUCAGUCUGGUACCAGUACAAAGAAAAGAUCUUUCAAAUGUGACAUUUGUGGGAGAUGUUACACACGACAGUAUAAAUUGAAAAACCAUUACAAAACUCACACUGGUGAGAGACGUUUUUCAUGUGAAAUAUGCGGAAAAAGUUUUUCUCGAAGUAAUAUUUUAAAAUGUCACAAGACCACUCAUACAGGUGAGAGACCUUUUUCAUGCCAGUUAUGCGGAAAGAGAUUCUCUCGACGUUGUAAUUUAAAGUACCACAAAAGAAUUCAUACGGGUGAGAAGCCUUUUUCAUGUCAGUCAUGUGGAAAGAGUUUCUGUCAAAUGAGUAUUUUAAAUCGUCACAAGACGAUUCAUACAGGUGAGAAGCCUUUUUCAUGCCAGUCAUGUGGAAGAAGUUUCUGUCAAAUGAGUAUUUUAAAUCGUCACAAGACGAUUCAUACAAGUGAGAAGCCUUUUCCUUGUCAAACAUGUGGGAGAAGAUUCAGUCGAAGGGAUAAUUUGAACAGUCACAUGAAAACUCAUACAGGCCGGGGACUGCGUUGAAGCCAAACUUGUGAAAAAAUUUGAAAUGUAUUAUUUAUUCUCUUUAGAACCCACAUGGGUGAAAUGUGUUUUCCACAUAAAAUAUGGUGGGGAAAGUGUUCUUUUAUUAUUGUGAACUGAAUUUUCACAUAACACAAAAAUGACAAUUAGGCAUUUAACUCACACAGAUUCACUGUAAUAAAUAUUAAACAAUGUCUUGGAUUGUUUUCACUUUGCAAUAUACGUUAGACCCUCACCUAUUUUUGGUUGGCCAUUAAUGGAUUUUUUAAAAACUAUUAUUUUAGAACAUGUAUAUACAGACAUACAUUUCUAGAUAGAUAUAGUUAUACAUAGAUAUCUCUAUAUAGAUAUAAAAAAUCAUUUAUAAAUGUAUGUGCCACUUGUAUGUCUCUAACAACUUAGGAGCUCUGACAACUGCAAAAUAGAGUGAUAUUAGUGAUACUUUUAGCUUUUUUAUAUAUAUUAGGAUAUAUGUGGCGGAUGUGUAAUUUUUACCUACUUGAUGAUUUGUGUAUUUUAUUUUGUUAUUUUUUGAUAAAUGGUUUGGACUACUUUUUGCCUGGAAAUAAAGACAUAAGUUGA